AUGGGGCGGCGGUCCCACUCGGUGGUGCUGGGGCUAUCUAUUUGGGUUUGUCUCGUGACGGCGGGGAGUGGGAUUGGGGCCAACUGGGGGACGCAGACGAGCCAUCCCCUCCCGGCCGACGUGGUGGUGCGACUGCUCAAGGACAACGGGUUCCAGAAGGUGAAGCUGUUCGAUGCCGACAGUGCGAGCAUGAAUGCCCUAAAGAAGAGCGGUCUGGAGGUGAUGGUGGGCAUCCCAAACGACAUGCUGUCCUCCCUCGCUUCCAAUGUCAAGAACGCCGAGGAGUGGGUCUCCAAGAACGUCUCCUCGUACAUCGAUAACGGUGUCCUCAUCAGGUCCUGUUUCCCCACCCAUUCCUGUCUAGAAUCGUUUCUUUUCGGGCAAACACAUCAGAAGUUUUAGUUUUUCCUCGCCCAUUCAACUUCCCUAUUUAUUGGAUGAUAUGGCAUUGAUCCUGUGGUGGCCAUGGCGCCAUUUUGUUGGCCGCGUAUGCUGGACAUGUUUGAACGGAGGUAGAGGGGGAUGCGGUCCGGAGAGAGAGACGGCACCAAUGGGAAGUGGGGACAUUGUUGGGGAUGGCCUCUCUUAAGAUAUGGGGGGCUCCCAAUUAGGCUGAAGACCACGGACGGAAAUUUGGGAAGGCCAGAGACCAAGAAGACCCGCCAUGGAGGUCGUCGGGGUCGACGUGGAUCGAUAGCAUUCUGAGUAGUUUAGCGGCUCGAUUGAUGUCUUCUGCGAGUAUCAAUCGCGACGUGGAUUCAGAGACCCGUUAAUAAGAUGGAGCUUUGAAAGAAGGCGCCGCUGUACUCUGUUUACCAUGCGGCUUCUUUCCUUCGUCCUCUGCUAGUUCGCCCUCCAUCUCAGCCGAUUAGGAGUUUGUUUCUCUCUCCUCUCCCUGCCAUGCUCAGCUGAUAGAAGAAUAUUUGAUAGAUAGAGAGGGGCCUGUGACGAAACGCGCGUGUGCUUGCCUGUGUCUGCUGUUCUAUAUCAUCCAUCAUCUAUCGCGGCAGGAAUACACAAGUAGGUAGGUAGAUGGAUGCCCCUCUCGGCGUGGUUGGUUGGUAUGCUCGGCUCUUCUCUCUCUCAGUAUAGUGUUCGUCGAGAGGUUGAAGAUGAUGGUGGUUGUGCUCCUCUCUGUGUUGUGUUGAUGAACAUUGUGUUGUUGUUGCUGUUGUUGUCGUCGUUGUUAAUGAUGAUGAUGAUGCGUCCUGUGCUGUGUUCCUCCUUGCGGGUUUGCAGGUAUGUAGCGGUGGGGAACGAGCCCUUUCUGGAGACGUACAACAACAGCUUUAUCGGGACGACGUUUCCGGCGCUGCAGAACGUGCAGAGCGCGCUGAUAAAGGCCGGGUUGAGCAGCCGGGUGAAGGUGACGAUCCCCCUGAACGCCGACGUGUACCAGUCCCCCACGGAGCGGCCCUCGGACGGCGACUUCCGCGCCGACAUCCGCGACCUCAUUAUCAACAUCGUGAAGUUCCUCAGCGACAACGGGGGGGUCUUCACCGUCAACAUCUACCCCUUCAUCAGCCUCUACAUCGACCCUAACUUUCCCCCGGCGUACGCAUUCUUCGACGGCGGCUCCUCGGUGGCGGACGGCGCCAUCACCUACACCAACGUCUUCGAGGCCAACCACGACACCCUCGUCAGCGCCCUCGCCAGGAAUGGCUACGGCACCCUUCCCAUCAUCAUCGGGGAGAUCGGCUGGCCCACCGACGGGAACGUGAACGCCAACCCGGCCAACGCACAGAAGUUCAACCAGGGCUUCAUGACCUGGCUGCUCUCCGGGAAGGGCACUGCCUUGCGCCCCGGCCCAAUGGACACGUACCUGUUCAGCCUGAUCGACGAGGACGAGAAGAGCAUCCAGCCGGGGAACUUCGAGCGGCACUGGGGCAUCUUCGCCUACGACGGGACGCCCAAGUACGCGCUGAACCUCGGAACCAGCAACUCGGGGACGCUGGUGAAGGCCAGAGGGAUCAGCUACCUGGAAAGGAAGUGGUGCGUGCUCAAAGCCUCGGCGUCGCUGAGCGACAAGGAGCUGCCGCCGAGCAUCACCUAUGCCUGCGAGAACGCCGACUGCACCAGCCUGGGGUACAUGACCUCCUGUGGGGGGCUGGAUGUCAGGGGCAACGUCUCCUACGCCUUCAACAGCUAUUACCAGAAGAACGACCAGGAAGAACAGGCCUGCCGCUUCCCGGGGCUCUCUGUCACCACGACCACGGACCCCUCCACUUCCACUUGCAAGUUCAACAUCAUGAUCGACACCUUCGGCGCCGCGCCACCGAAGUCCUCCCUCUUCCCGGGGAAGCUGUUCCCCGCUUCUUCGGUGCUGCUCUUCUUCUUCUACUACUGCUUCUUCUCGUGUCCCUCUUUUCUCCUCGCGUUGUUUUGA